AUGGUUGAAGGAGGCAAACAUAGUGCUAUCAAUAAAAUUAAGUCCGCUCUUCAGUCAGCCGGACUUUUAGAAAGUGAUUUAACACAAAUAAAAGCGGCUGCUGAGGAAACUAAUUUACGUGAAAUUGAAGACAUUGAAAGCAAGGUAUUAGCGGAUAUUAAAAGUAAGAAAGAUAACGAGGGAAAUUACAAGGAUAAAAAUACCCCCAAAACUUCUGAUGAAUACAGUUUAGAAAAAAAUAAUAAGUGGCGAAGUGGUCAAGAAAUUUCCUCUAAAAUAACUAAAAUUUUUGUUGAAGUUGGUUUAGAAAUUGGACAAAAAGGAGCAGAAAAACAAAAAGCAACUGAAUUAAACGAGGUUAUUAACAAAUAUGAAAAUGGUAAUAAAAGUAAUAAGGAAGAAUUAACUAAUGAUUUAAGAAACCUGAACAAAAACCUUGGAGAUGAGGAACCUGAAACUAAACGAAAACUUCGGAAGGCUAAAAAGCAAAUGGCACAAAGCGAUCCUGAUAUGUAUUUUAAUUCCUUUGUGGAAUUAUCCCAAAUUGAGAAAGAACUUGAAAACCUUAAAAAUACUUCAAACACUAUUGAUAAGCAAGCCUACCAAGCCAAUAAACAAGAAAUAACUGAGUUAUCGAGCAAACUAAGCACUAUUUCUCAAAAUGAUACGAUAAAUAAUGAUGGAUCAAUUGCUCCGCUAGUAUAUUUAGGAAUAGUUAUUUUGGCUUCUUUUGUAGGACUACUAAUUAUAUUAAGUCAAAGAAAAAGGCAGAAAAAUUAG